AUGGAGGAGGGCAGACCCCGGAGCAGCCUCAGCCUGGCCAGCAGUGCCUCCACCAUCGCCUCACUCAGCAGCCUGAGCACCAAGAAGUCCACCCGGGCGGUUAGCAAGGUCCACGCCUUCGGGAAGAGAGGAAAUGCUCUCCGAAGGGACCCCAAUCUCCCCGUGCACAUCCGAGGCUGGCUUCAUAAGCAGGACAGCGCCGGACUCCGGCUCUGGAAACGCCGCUGGUUCGUCCUCUCUGGCCAUUGCCUCUUCUAUUACAAGGACAGCCGCGAAGAGAGCGUCCUGGGCAGCGUCCUACUCCCCAGCUACAGUAUCAGGCCAGAUGGACCGGGAGCCCCCCGAGGGCGGCGCUUCACCUUCACCGCUGAGCACCCAGGCAUGAGAACCUAUGUCCUGGCGGCUGACACACUAGAGGACCUGCGAGGCUGGCUCCGAGCGCUGGGCCGUGCCUCCCGAGCGGAGGGUGAUGACUGUGGGCGGCCCAAGUCACCCACACGUCCUCAGCCUGGGGAGGGCCCUGGCGGCCCCGGUGGUCCUCCAGAGGUGAGCAGAGGGGAAGAGGGGCGCAGUCCAGAAUCACAGGAGGUGGCUUGGCUCUCUAGAGGACGUGGCGGACCCAGGCUGCUCACUCCCAGCCCCACAGCAGACCUCCAGUCUGGACCCCGGAUUCGGAGAGCGAGGAGCCCAGACCUUUUCACACCCCUCUCUCGCCCUCCUUCUCCUCUGAGCUUCCCCCGGCCCCGUUCUGCUCCUGCGCGCCGACCCCCUCUCUCAGGAGACACAGAACCCCCUGCCCGUCCGCAUACCCCUCUGAGUCGCAUCGAUGUUCGACCUCCCCUGGAAUGGGGCCCCCAGCGUCGGACCCUCUCCCGGCCCCCCACUCCCAGCCGAGGACCUCCUUCUGAGGCUGGCGCAGGAAGACCCCCCAGGAGUCCCCAGCACUGGAGUCAGGAGCCCAGAACACCUGCCCCCUCUGGCUCCUCCACAUAUCUCCGGCUGCCCCCAAGGCCCCCUGGAACCCGGGCCUCCAUGGUUUUAUUGCCGGGGCCCCCCCUGGACUCAGCCUUCCACCAAAGCUUGGAGACGGAUACUCUGUUGACCAAGUUAUGCGGGCAGGACCAGCUCCUGAGGACGCUGCAGGAGGAGAUCGACCAGAGGCAGGAGGAGAAGGAGCAGCUAGAAGCCGCUCUGGAGCUGACCCGGCAGCAGUUGAGCCAAACAACUAGGGAGGCUGGGGCUCCUGGGAGGGCCUGGGGGCGCCAGCGCCUCCUGCAGGACCGCCUGGUCAGCGUGAGGGCCACUCUUUGUCACCUGGCUCAGGAGCGGGAGCGUGUUCGGGACACGUACAGCAGCCUGGAGCAGGAGCUGGGCACCUUGCGAGAAACCCUCGAGUACCUGCUGCACCUCGGCUCCCCCCAGGACAGAACAUCUGCUCAACAGCAGCUGUGGAUGGUGGAAGACACACUGGCAGGUCUGGGGGGGCCCCAGAAACCACCCCCCAACACUGAACCUGGCUCCCCAUCCUCCGUGUUCCAAGGCGAGGAGUCUUCAGAGAGAGAGAGUCUGCCUGAGUCCUUGGAGCUAAACUCUCCCCGGUCCCCCGAGUCCGACUGGGGGCGCCCCCCUGGGGGUGACAGAGACCUCACCAGCCCCUCCUCAGCUGUCGGGUCUCCAAGGGUCUCCCGGGCUUCUAGUCCUGAGGGUCACCGCCCCUCUUCUCCACAGCCAGGAGCCAAGGCCCCCCUGCCCCGGCCCCGGAUGAGUGCCCAGGAGCAGUUGGAGCGUAUGCGCAGACACCAGGAGAGUGGACGGUCCCUCCCUCACUCCGCCUCCUCCAGGCUCCUCACUCUGGGGAGGACACUGUCCCCAGCUAGACGCCAGCCUGACCCGGAGCAAAGGCCUGCCCUAGACUCCUUGGGACACUCGGGAGCCCCGAAAUGGCUCAGAAGCUCCGGGUCCUGGAGUAGCCCGAGGAACACCACGCCUUACUUGCCGACAUCCGAAGGUCACCGGGAGCGGGUCCUCAGCCUCUCCCAGGCCCUGGCCACUGAGGCGUCGCAGUGGCACAGAAUGAUGACAGGUGGAAAUCUGGACGCCCGGGGAGAUCCUCUUCCCCCUGCGCCUUCGCCGCGGUCGGACCUCACAUCCCGGGUUACCUUUCCCCCAAGAUCUCCUGCAGCGGCUAAUUCCCGCACCGCGGCGUCCUCAAGCCAGGGUAGUGGGCGUGGUGGGGGCUCCGCCCCCUCGGAGUCCACGUGGCGACCUGGUACCGCCCCUCCCGCCCUGACCCCGGCCGAGGGGGCGUGGCCUCUGCGAGUCACACUACUGCAGUCCAGCUUCUGA